AUGUCUCACUUCGGCGAUGAAACCAACACGCGUGAUUUCAGCAGGCGAAAAUCAUUCACAAUGAAAGAAAAAUAUAAUUUCUCAUUUUUUUCUUUUUUAUCAUCACCGUAUUCCGCUGCGUAUAAUGACUCAACAUUCUCUUCAACAUUCGCAUCUGCACUACUGGAACAUGCACGUAAAGUAUUUCUACGACUCGUGCAUUCCCCCGCCGUGAUGCAAUUAAUGCUUAACCAUCGAAGUAUUGCAACUGAAAUGGAAACCAGCGCCUAUCAAUUAAAUCAAUUAGAAGAUAUCAUGUUGUUACUACAAUCUAUUAAAAAUACAAAAGAAGGUACAGGAGUGAUUCCCCAUGUACCACCAUAUAUUUCUAAUAUGCUUACAUUGAUUUCCUCUUCCAGUACAGAUGUAAAUUUUAUCAUGGGAGAUGAAUUACUCUGUUGGCUGCAAUUUCUACUCUGGACACGUUAUCUCGCUAUAUUUUUAAUGCGACGAUUGGCUGCUAUUCAUGAUAAGAUUGCCUCUUAUCUCUUAUACUGGUCUUGGGCAGAGAUUCACUAUACACAGUCUUCCUUUCAUCUGGCUGUUAGUUAUAGAUGGUGGAAGUGGUGGUGGCGUGGUCUCUUUCGUAGAGGAUGGACUGGACAAGAACAAUGUUUACGUUCAAACAUUAUUACUCAUAAAUCUCUUUUGCUUCGAUAUUUACGUGUUGUUGUGCGAAGUCUGGGAGCUUUAUAUGGUUUAGUGGAUCACAUGAAUGCUUAUGUGGCUUCCAUGGCGGAUAUGGCGGCAGAUGUUUACAUGUCGAAUGCCGAUUCGGAGACGGCGGUAUCUCGACCAGCACUGGGAUCUCCCUUAACAGAUCAUCAAUUGGUGGAAGAACGACUCUUACGUAAUAUAAGAGCGGUUGUGGCUUCAUCGGUUUCUCAACUUUCAAACAUUAUUAGAUUACCGACAGUUCCCUUAUCGGAUGUUAGUUUUUCUAAUCCUUGUGGAGAUAUACCAUUUCUCUUUUCACAUGCGGGUGAUUCUCUUUUCUUUGAUGUUGGUCCAAAGCCCGCUGGUGAGAAUGCAACACAUCUUCAAAUGUUUACAACAGCAACCUUAACGGACACUCUUCAACUUCUCACAGAGACGGCAGAGUUGGCUUGUGAGCAUACAACUUCACUGCAAGAGAGUAUUCAGAUAAAUCACAUACCACCCUCUCCCAUACGUUGGCGACGUUUACUUUUUAUUGGCUGUACAAUUCCUGCACUUGUAUGGAUGUACGGUAAAUCUAUGGAAGAAUUACGUCGAACAGCAGCCACAGCACGUGGAGUUUUCCGCGGAAUGUUGGAGAAUUACGUUGUCAUUCCUCUUCGUGAGAUUAGAAGAAGUCUCUUUGGGGGUCGUCCAGGUGUGGUGGAGCGACGACGAACAUUAGAGAUGGAAAUGGCAUCUGUUGCGAAUAUUAUCCGCGAUUAUCAUGAAGAUUAUUAUCCCAACAGCAGCGAAGCGGAACUGCGGGAACUGCGGGAAAAUACAUUUGCACAUCUUCGAACAGGUGUGGUGGCGGAUGAUGCGGGUUUCGCACUUAUUAACAGACAUUAUGAAGCAGCUCUACGCCAUCCAUUUCGUAGUGCUCUCUUUGGAAACUUGUUGCGAUUGAUGCUUAUUCAACUCACCUAUCAACAGUUGGAGGUGAUGCGAGUUGUGAAUGGGACGGAUGAAGUGUUGGAGGGAAAUGAUCUCAACUUUAAGUUUAUGGCGAUGGUGCCACUCUGCGCUCUGCUGGGCGGUGUGAUGCUUAUUGCUCUGCAGAAGCGUCGGGCAAAACUGCGGCCUGUCAAUCGUCAACUCAAACUUUAUUGGCGUGCGGUCCAUCGUGUCGUCACUGUCCCUCUGGAGACGAUGGAGGAAUUACAUCCACUCCCUUCCGCUGCCUUUACGGUUGGAGAUACCGCCGAUGUGCAGUCGAGUGUUUCUAAAAACCCUGACGCUGUACAUACAAUGGAAACACGUGUUGGCACAAAGUUAAAUAGUUACGAUCAGGGUAUGUUGUUGCUACUCACACAUCAUAUGCGAAGACUUGCGAUGGAGUACCACACCGGGUAUCGUCACCUGCGAGAGUUUCUUGAGGAUCUUGAUGAUCUCGAGAGUGUGCAAUGUUCACGGCAGCAGAGACUAUUAACAUUAGACAGAAUGCAGCGAAUUCAUAGAUUCUUGUCGUAA